AGUAGCGCGCGUAGCGUCACCGCCCGAACCCCUUCCGGGGGGCACCGCUUCGGAAGUGAUUAUUUGUUCAAAGAGUGGCGGGCUGGGGCGGCGGGCAGGACACAGAUGCGUGCUGAGGCGUUCUCUCAAACGUGGAUGGAAAACGGGAUGUUGUUUGAGCUUCUGAUUCCAGUGAAGUGUUGAACGUUGCUAUUCGUGGUGUGAUGUACCCAGAGCUUGGGUUUGGAAGAGUCCUUUUCUACCUUUCCUGCUUUUUCUGAGGUGUUUUCUGCUAAACUGGGCCUUUCCUUUGGAGUUCAGUGAGUAUGGGGCCCUCUGAAGGAGAGAGAGAGCGAGACGUGAUCCUGAUCAGCGACGAUGAAGAUGACAGCACACAUGGGAAUUCAGUUCUCAUAGUAGACCCCUUGGUGAAGACUGCCUUGGAAGAGAAGAAAUGUGAAGAGAUUGUGGAUGAGGAGUGUGAACUAGUGGUUACUUUCUGUAAACAAGCAAAUGUGAUGCCCCAUGCAAGAUAUGACUGUACAAUACACUCAUUUGAACGAAUGGAAUGUGAAACAUGCUCACCCCUUGGAAAAAAUGCUGAUUUCUGUAAUCAGUGCUACUGCUACAUUUGUGAUAAGCUGGCUUCUGAGUGCCAGAAUUGGACAACUUCUUCCCUCUGUCACUGCAAUGCACAUAACAAAAGCAAAUUCUGGAAAGAGCAACGUGAUUUUGCCUUGGCUGGUGUUCUUGUAAUGUUCAAUUUGGAGCUCACAGAUAUAGACGCAGACCUUCGGCAUGGUGGAAACCUUCUAAUAAGUUUUAUCCAGGAACUUUCUGUGGAAUAUAAUAAGUAUUUAAUUGGAGCGAGAAUAGCUCCCACAGAGCACGAGUGCUUUUGUGUCCCAAAGCUGCCUCCUGGUCAGUGUGGUAUCUGCAGAUCACGCAGCACAGAGAUUGUAUACAAGUAUUCUGGAGUUUAUGCACUGGUAACAAGAUUUUUAAAUCAGGCUGAAAGAGAGAGUCCUAAAGCUUGUGCUGUCAUGUUUCUGGGAGCAGCUAGAGAGAUAACCCUUCAUAAAGACCCUGCUUUAAGCUGGCAGAACCUUGGUCAUACUGCUUCACUAAAGCUUGCUGUCCCUUGUUUGUUGCAGAGGAUCACAACACGACUUCAGAAGAUGCUGGUGUUGUGUGACUUCCCAAAAAGUUUAUACGAGAAAUUUGUUAAUUUUUUUCAGUCCAUCUCACUUCCAUGUCACUGUUUUGCCUUCUCAAAUAGCCUGAAUGUUGUGCCAUGGGAUCAUGUGUUAUUGACCACGGUUUUGAAAGGGCAGAACACCACAGGGCAAAGGACCCAGAAGGGAAGGAAAACGUUUCUGUGGGAAGUGCUUCCUGUCAUAGAGGCUCGAGUGGAGAAACUGGUAGAAAAUACAAACUAUAAAGAAGUUGUUCGCUACCUGAGAGCUGUGAAAUGCAAUGACACCAAAGGGCUAAGAGACCUUCGAGAUAAAAUCCCAUUCUAUUUGUGUAAAACUGGAGACUUCAUUGAUGCUACACAUUCACUGUUGUUUCCCAUCAAUAGCCUUGCGUGCUGCACUGCGUGCCGACUAACUCCUCUUCAGUUUGAGGUCUACCUGAAGAUAUUCAAAACAGGCAGUGUCCCUGCUGGAAAGGAUAUUCAGGACCCUGGGCCAUGGGUUACAGUUGGGUCUCCAAUGAAAGAUGGUGUUCUGAUUAGGCAGGCAUUCAAACUCCUUUACAGCAAUCUGUCACUGUACAGAAAUCCUAAAUGCUGGGGUUCCUUCAUCAUGAUUAUGGGUAGUAGCUGUUUUCUGGAAAGAAAUGGGCGCCUUUGUCCUCUGACAGUGAAAGAGCCCCCAGUUGCAUUCCAACAGGGGGUGCUGGUUGCCAGUGAUGGUCUCUUCCAGGAAUUGAAGGCAAAACUUAAUGUUUCAUUCCCACCUGGUAUUUUCUCCCAGUUGCACCAGGAGGCUUGUCUUAUUCUUGCAGUGCAAGCAGUACAACAGAUGGUUAUCUGUGAACUCCCAUACUUAACUUCCUUCCUAGAGAUAUUCCUGGCAUUUGGGAAUAACUUCUGGGCUCUGAGGCUGUUACUGAAUCAUCUUUCCUAUGAUGAACACAUUCUCCAUGGCGUUGUCGAUCUGGUUUUGAGAGAUCUGAAUCGUCAGAAAGCAACAAUGCUGAAACUAUGGCAAAACCUUGGUCCCCAGUACGUGGGUGAAUUUGUUUGCCUGUUCCUGACUUGUAGAAACAGGAUACUGCAGUCCAUUGGUGUGUUGGCUCUGGAUAUAAUUACAGAGAACUUGCACGUAUGUCCAUGGGCAAAGCACCUUUACAACUUCUUUCACAAUGCACGGUUGAUGCACCUGCCCCUUGGUGCCACAACUCAUCACGAAGUCUCAAAGUUCAUGGAUGUUCUUGAAAAAUUGUGAUCUGGCCAAAUUUUCAAGUGUAUUUUUCAACUUGCCUCAAUCCAACACAUCUCUUCCUGGAGUCUCUUGUGUGUUGUUCUGGUUGUCAUCUCUUCCCUCGCUUGAAAUGUUCACCUAAAAACUGACUUCAGACCAAGUGUGGUAAUAAAAUCUCAGAUCUAGAUGGCGAACAGCAUCUUAUCCUGGUAGGUGUGUUCUGGAAGCUUCCUUUUUACAGGCACAAGUAUUAAGCUGUCAUUUAAAGAGACAGGAGCUACACAUCUUAAGAAAAGCUGGUCUGUAGAGAAAUGCUCAUCAGAGACAGCAGUGGCAAGAGGAACGAGGGGAGAGGAAACAAAGUGGAAAGCAUCAAAAGUCUUUUGCUUAUGAGUUGCACAGGUGUUUUCUGAGUGAAAAGCCAGCAGAAGAACUGCUGAGAAAGCAGUUAGACAAGCUGCUUAAAUUAGGAAAACUGCCUCUCCAAAGGUGUACAGCAGUGUAAAUUGGAUGCUGUUUGCACUCCUUGUUUUUGUAUAGUGUAUAAUUAUAAAAAUAAGCCACUUUUCAGUUAGUGUUGCUUGGCCUCAAGCCUUUUUACUCACUCUAAGAAGUCAGAAUCAAGAAAACAGUAGCUUGUUUUGUUUGUAUAUAAAAAAAUAUAUUUUUCAAGGCAUUCCAAUUGUAGGCUUUUUUUUUUUUAAACAUUUUGAAAUGGCUGACUUAAACUGGUGCUGAAGGCUCUUUGUUAUUUGAAGUAUUAUUAUAAUAGUAAGAGCUGACUUUUUUGGGAAUUGUGGAGGUAGAAAUAGAGAAGUAUUUCUUGCCCAGUUGUGCUCUUCUUUGCCCCAACGUGAUACGUGUGUGCUGUGGUUUGGAAGGCAGGGUGAGACUUAUGAACAUGUUGAUAUAAACUGUAUUUUGUUAUCCAAAUUCAGUUAAGUUAUUGUUGAACUUUUCUACAAAAAGUGUACAUGCAUCUAAAAGGAAAAGAAGUUUAAUAAAAAAAAGAUGUAAUAAAA